CUCAUUUAUUAAAUCUUGACACAUCAUUAAGAUCGAAAGUUCGGCUCGAGCUCAACUCUAAGAUAAUUAAUAAUAUAAAUACCCUAAUAUUUAUACGUCAUAUGUGAUACAUGUGAUUACCUAAUGUUAUGUCAUAUAUGAGACAUAUUUGCUUGCAUAUGCUCAAUGUAUUAAACACCAUACGAGAUGAUAUAUACAAUUUAAUAAUUAUAUGCAUCAUUAACAAACCAACUUGUAAAAUAUAGAUUGAUUUUUUCAUAAUCGGUAGUAGAGUUGGCUCUCUAGUCACUAUAUUGAGACAUCUCAUAAACUCAACACGAGACAGUUCAUGAGUUGUAUUAAACGAGCCACCUAAUCGAGCUAGGUCACGAGCUUCAUGAGCCGAACAAGGUAAAGCUCAAGCUCGGCUCGUUUAUUAACGAGUCGAGCUUUUUUUUUAACCGAACGAGCUUUUAUUGAGUUCGAUACAGAACCGCUAACGAAUAGCUCGACUCAUUAACAACCCAAACGAGCCGAGUUUUUUUUUUUCAUCGAACGAGCUUUUAUCAAGUUCGAUACCGAACUGCUAACAAAUAACUCGACUCAUUAACAGCCUUACAAGAGUACCGGUGAGUGUCCUUAUCUGGGGAUGUGUGUACACGGUGGUGAUGAUUAAUAAACUAAUGAUACGAUUCUCCUUUAGCCACCAUUGGUCCGUUUGUUCCUUUGAUUUAUCCACGCAAAAGAAACAGAGCAUAGGACAAAAAUCCCCCCAAAAUCCAGAUCGAAAAAUGCCCAUUACCGAGGGAGGCUUCUUCUUCUUCCUCAUCUUCUCCAGUCCACCUUGAUCAUAUAUCAUCCAUCAAUCACUCGCCAAUUAAUCGAUCAACAUUCAGCAGCAGAGCAACAAUGGCGCCGCCGACUCUCGCGGCCUCUGCAGAUGAAGAUGGGAUUCACGAGCAAUUACUUCGGGCCGACGUGGAAUCCGGCAAUCACGAUCCCCCGACCGCCGCCGGAGCUAAAUUCCGCAUCAAUAACUUAACCAAGUUGAGCGACGCCGCCGCCGCCGGCGGCCUCCCGAUCUUGCGCGGGGUGGAGAUGGAAAUCCCUAGAUCCAAAAUCAUCGGAAUAAUCGGCCCCAGCGGCAGCGGGAAAUCGACGCUUCUCAGAUCCCUAAACCGCCUCUGGGAGCCACCGCGAGGCACCGUGUUCCUCGACGGCCGCGACAUCACCGGAAUCGACGUCGUCUCCCUCCGCCGGAAAGUCGGGAUGCUGUUCCAGCUCCCGGCGCUGUUCCAGGGCACGGUCGCCGACAACGUCCGGUACGGCCCCAAGCUGAGAGGCGAAAAGCUGUCGGAAAAGCAGGUCUACAAGCUCCUUUCCAUGGCGGAUCUGGACCCGUCCUUCUUCGGGAAGAAAGGGAGCGAGCUCUCCGUCGGCCAGGCGCAGAGGGUCGCUCUGGCGAGAACUCUGGCCAACGACCCGGAGGUCCUCCUGCUCGACGAGCCCACCAGCGCUCUGGAUCCGAUUUCGACGCAGAAUGUUGAAGAUGUUCUGGUUAAGCUGAAAAACGAUCAGGGAAUGACCGUCGUCAUGGUUUCCCACAGUAUCAAGCAGAUUCAGAGGGUUGCUGAUGUGGUUUUCUUGCUCGUCGAUGGUGAAAUCGUUGAGGUUCUCCGGCCUGAUGAGCUCGCUCAAGCUAAGCAUCCCAUGGCGCUCAGGUUCCUCCAGCUCAGUUCUUGAACAAAAGGAUAAAUCGAAUGGCAUCUUGUUGAAAUCGACCAAUAUAGUUACAAUUAAUAA